CGCCGCACUCCGCGUCGCUCUUCUGCGCCUGCGCGAGGCGCCGAGGGGACGGGUCGGACUCAGGAAUGGCGGCCUCCGUGUUCUAUAGCCGGUUGUUGGCCGCGGCCACCCUUAGGAGCCACCUGCCCCGGACGGCGCUGCGGGCCGCCGCCCAGGUUCUGGGAAAUUCUGGAUUGUUUAAUAAUCAUGGACUCCAAGUACAGCAGCAACAGCAAAGAAAUCUCUCACUACAUGAAUAUAUGAGUAUGGAAUUGUUGCAAGAAGCUGGUGUCUCAAUUCCCAAAGGUUAUGUGGCAAAGUCAGCAGAUGAAGCUUAUGCAAUUGCCAAAAAAUUAGGUUCAAAAGAUGUUGUGAUAAAGGCACAGGUUUUAGCUGGUGGUAGAGGAAAAGGAACAUUUGAAAGUGGCCUGAAAGGAGGAGUGAAGAUAGUUUUCUCUCCAGAAGAAGCAAAAGCUGUUUCUUCACAGAUGAUUGGGAAAAAGUUGUUUACCAAGCAAACUGGAGAAAAGGGCAGAAUAUGCAAUCAAGUUUUGAUUUGUGAGAGAAAAUACCCCAGGAGAGAAUACUACUUUGCAAUAACAAUGGAAAGGUCAUUUCACGGUCCUGUAUUAAUAGGAAGUUCACAAGGUGGUGUUAAUAUCGAAGAUGUUGCUGCUGAAACUCCUGAUGCCAUAGUUAAAGAACCUGUUGAUAUUGUAGAAGGCAUCAAAAAGGAACAAGCUGUCCGGCUAGCACAGAAGAUGGGAUUUCCACCUAAUAUUGUGGAUUCUGCGGCAGAAAACAUGGUCAAGCUUUAUAACCUUUUUCUGAAAUAUGAUGCAACCAUGGUAGAAAUAAAUCCAAUGGUAGAAGAUUCAGAUGGAGCUGUGCUUUGUAUGGAUGCAAAGAUCAAUUUUGAUUCAAAUUCAGCCUAUCGCCAAAAGAAAAUCUUUGAUCUUCAGGACUGGACCCAAGAAGAUGAAAGGGACAGAGAAGCAGCUAAGGCAGAUCUCAACUACAUUGGCCUUGACGGAAAUAUAGGCUGUCUAGUAAAUGGUGCUGGUUUGGCUAUGGCCACAAUGGAUAUAAUAAAACUUCAUGGAGGGACACCAGCCAACUUCCUUGAUGUUGGUGGUGGUGCCACGGUUCAUCAAGUAACAGAAGCAUUUAAGCUUAUCACUUCAGAUAAAAAGGUACUGGCUAUUCUGGUCAACAUUUUUGGAGGAAUCAUGCGAUGUGAUGUUAUUGCACAGGGUAUAGUCAUGGCAGUGAAAGACUUGGAAAUUAAAAUACCUGUUGUGGUACGGUUACAAGGUACACGAGUUGAUGAUGCCAAGGCACUGAUAGCAGACAGUGGGCUUAAAAUUCUUGCUUGUGAUGACUUGGAUGAAGCUGCUAGAAUGGUUGUAAAGCUCUCUGAAAUAGUGACCUUAGCCAAGCAAGCCCAUGUAGAUGUGAAAUUUCAGUUGCCAAUCUGAUCUGAGAACCCAGUGGAUGGCUGAAGGUGUUAAAUGUGCUGUAAUCUUUGAAAAUACUGUGUUCUGUAUUGUUCUUUUUCUUUUUAGUGUGUGGAGAUUUUGUCAUAUAGGUACACAGACCUUUAAAAGCGUUUGGUCUGCAUUUAAUUCUGUUAUUCAGAACCAUCUGUAUAAAGAACGUAUACUGCAGGCAUCUAGUUUCUUAUUUGCGUCCAUCUUUUUUGCUUCUCCUGCAAUGUCACUUACAAUAUCCCUGUUUUUUAUUGUUGGAUACAAAGUUCUUCAUUGAUAAGAUUCCUAUAAAUAAAAUAAAUAUGAAGAUAAAGCUUUAUUCUUUAGUAUUAAAAUAUAUUAUAUCUAAUAACUAGUCUCAUUAGUAGAGCAGUGUAUUAAAACAAUGUUUUAUAUAAGAAGUGUUUAUCCUCAGUACCAAAUACCUAAUAAAUGUAUCCGUCACUAUUUAUAGACAGCACUUUUCAAACACUCCUCAGAAUGUUCUUUUUAAGUGAAGUAACUUGCUAAUUGUUUGAAUGAGUGUUGUUUUAAUCAUUGUACAACCCUGAUAACUGCAAGUCUUCAUGAUUCUGUGGUAUUAAGAAACACCUAUAGGUUUAUAUUAAGUUAAUAAGGACUUGGAAGACAAAAUUGAAAAUGUCAAUGUAAGUUAAUAAAAAUUUACCAAUGUGA